AUGCUAUUGCGAGCGAGUCUUGGCAGCUCAACGGUCAUCGGUAGCAUCCAGAGCGAGCAUCCUAGUAGCGCUGUGUUCCCCAGUUUCACGUCGAUCAAUGAACCGGACAGGAACGCGUCCAAAAAGAAGACACCGCGGAAGAACGACCAAAGCCACGAGCAAGAAGGAGUAGACGAUGAUGAAGCGCACAGCGGAUUAGCACAGUAG